AUGGCCGACGACGAGAAGGGAAACCUCUCGGUUUCUAACGCCGCCGAGUUCAAAGUGUCCGCGACCGGCGCCGAAGACUCGGAAAGCGGCAGCGGCAGCGGCAUCCAUACAGAAAUCGAAAUCGACAAGGUCGCCGAAAAGAAGCUGCUAUGGAAGCUCGACCUCCUGAUCCUGCCCAUCCUGUUUUUGUUUUACAUGAUGUCGUACCUUGACCGGGUCAACAUUGGCAAUGCCCGGAUUCAGGGGAUGGACAAGGAGCUCGAGCUGAAUGUGGACAAUCGAUACAAUAUUGCCCUUCUCCUGUUCUUCCCCAUCUACAUUGUGCUUGAAAUCCCGAGCAAUAUGCUGCUGAAGCAUGUCCGGCCGUCGCUGUUCCUGCCGGGCCUGGUGUUCUUCUGGGGUAUCAUCAACAUGUGCACCGGCUUCGUCCAGUCCUACAAAACCCUCUAUGUCCUUCGAGUGCUGCUCGGAAUCUUCGAGGCGGGUCUCGUACCAGGUGUCAUCUACGUUACCUCGAUGUACUACCGCAGGCAUGAGUAUCAGAAGCGAUUGAGUCUGAUGUUUGUCGCUACUUCCAUUGGUGGCGCAUUUGGCGGUUUGCUCGCCUACGGCAUUGCACACCUCGGCGGCCAGCAGGGUUAUGCCGGAUGGAGAUGGAUCUUCAUCAUCGAGGGAGCUCUCACUGCCUUCAUCGGGUUGGUGUCACCGUUCAUCGUCGUGGACUGGCCAGACCAGUGUCGCCAUCUGAAUCAGGAUGAGAAGGAUCUGAUCCGCAACCGACUGCGCGACGACGGCGGCGAGUUCCGCAUGGACAAGCUCGACAGUUUUGGAGUGAAGAGGAUCAUCUUGGAUUGGAAGAUCUGGUUGGGCGCUCUCGGUUACAUGGGCUUUACGACGAGCGGGUUGGCCAUGUCAUUCUUCCUGCCGACCGUUCUGAACGAUUUUGGUUGGGCCUCCACCGAUGCGCAGGUACACACGGUUCCGGUUUACUUGGUUGCGGUCGCCUUAACCCUGGGCCUCUCAUGGGCCUCCGACGCCCUCAAGCAUCGUUACAGCUUCAUCAUGUUUUGUUUCUUGCUCACUGUUGUGGGUUACGGCAUGGCCCUGAACCAAGAACACCUCUCGCGCGGCGCCAAGUAUGCAGGCUGCUUCCUCAUCGCUGGCGGGGGUCUUGCCGGAGGCCCUCUGUGCAUCGUCCUGCUGUCGAACAACUUGUCGGGGCACUGGAAGCGGGCCGUUGGGUCUGCCGUGCAGGUCAGUUUUGGCGGGAUUGCGGGUCUCAUGGGCUCGCUGAUCUUCAUGGAGCGCGAGAAGCCUGACUAUCGGACGGGUUACACCGUCGGCCUCGCUAUGGCGUGUGUUGCCGGCCUUGCCCCAACGAUCAUGAUGGUGGGGAUGUGGAUUGAGAACCGGAAGCGAGACCGCGGAGAGCGAGACGAGAGGCUUUCAUGGCCUACUGAAAGGCUUAAUAACCUUGGUGACUACCAUCCAGGUUUCCGGUUCACCUGGUAA